GCUUCCUUCCAACAUGGCGCAGGCAGGUUGCUGAUGGAAAAGCAAAGGGUUUCCGUGUAAAUUCAUCCUACCUUAUGUAUUUAUUUAUGUUGUUAUUUUUGGCCAAGAACGGUUGCACGCUUUCAAAGGAGUGCUAGGUUGAAGACGAAUCCUGCCCCCGCUGGAUUGGUACUUCUCGCUCAAACUCAGUUCUGCGCGUCAUGCAUGAAGGUAAAAAGACGAAGAAUAUGUUUUUAACCCGGGCUCUGGAGAAGAUUUUAGCCGACAAGGAGGUGAAAAAGGCUCACCACAGUCAGCUGCGCAAAGCCUGCGAAGUGGCAUUAGAGGAAAUUAAAGAAGAAACAGAAAAAUUAAGUCCUCCCCUGGGAGAUUCCAAGACUAUCUCGGGCACUCUGCCACCACUCAAAUCAAAGGCAAACUUCAUUGAAGCAGACAAGUACUUCUUGCCUUUUGAGUUAGCGUGUCAGUCCAAAUGCCCCCGGAUUGUCAGUACAUCUCUAGACUGUUUACAGAAACUAAUUGCUUAUGGACAUCUCACUGGAAGCGCCCCAGAUAGCACAGCGCCUGGAAAGAAAUUAAUUGAUAGAAUAAUCGAGACCAUAUGUAGCUGUUUUCAAGGUCCGCAAACCGAUGAAGGUGUUCAGCUGCAGAUUAUAAAGGCUUUGCUUACAGCAGUAACUUCUCAGCAGAUAGAAAUUCACGAGGGAACAGUUUUGCAGGCUGUACGAACAUGCUACAAUAUCUACUUGGCCAGCAAGAAUCUUAUCAAUCAAACAACAGCCAAGGCUACUCUUACCCAGAUGCUAAAUGUCAUAUUUGCACGAAUGGAAAACCAGGCACUUACAAAUCACAAGAUUACAUUGGCAUCAAGGAAAAAAGACAGACAGCUCCAAGAGGCUAAGCAGAUGGAGAAGGAGAGACACAGGCAACAGCAUUUGCAGCAGUCCCCGAUUAGCCAGAAUGAGCCCGACUCCCCACAGCUCAGACAGCUCAAGGAGCAGCCGAUGAAGCAGCUACCUCAAGAACCUGUAGGAGAGCCAGACCACCCGGCUAAUGAGACGGAAAAGAGUGUCUAUGAAGACACCGAGCCAGAAAACGGAUCAGAGUUCUGCAGUGCAGAAAACCAGCAAACUGAGACUGAUCAGGCUACAGCAGCAGCAGAGGGUUUGUCUAAACAGGAUGGAGGUGACAUUGAUGGGAGUGACACUUCAAAUUAUGAAGAAAAGGCACAAGAAAUUGUACAGAGGAUCCUGCAGGAAGUAGUAAAAACUGUCGUGGGAGAUUUGGGAGAAGGCCCUGGUAGGAAUGGGAUUGUGGAGAUCACCACUGGAACGCCGGAUGAUGAAACUGGAUUAUGCAAUGACAAUGAGAAUGUCCGUGCAAACGGAAUCCCUGGAACUCCCAUCUCGGCUAGCUACACUCCAUCCCUCCCCGAUGACGGACUGUCUGUUUCUUCCAGUGACACUCAGGAAUCUGGAGUUACAACAGGUGCUGAUGCUAAGUUCUCCCACAUUCUACAGAAAGAUGCCUUUUUAGUCUUUAGGUCCCUGUGCAAACUUUCUAUGAAGCCGCUCUCAGAUGGACCUCCAGACCCAAAAUCUCAUGAACUACGAUCAAAGGUUCUCUCUCUACAGCUUCUUCUAUCAAUCCUGCAAAAUGCAGGACCCAUCUUCAGGACAAAUGAGAUGUUUAUUAACGCUAUAAAACAGUACCUGUGUGUUGCGUUAUCAAAAAAUGGAGUUUCGUCUGUUCCAGAGGUCUUUGAGCUUUCUCUCUCAAUUUUCCUCACUUUGCUUUCCAACUUCAAGACACAUCUGAAGAUGCAAAUUGAGGUGUUCUUUAAAGAGAUCUUCCUGUACAUCCUGGAGACAUCCACUAGCUCUUUUGACCAUAAAUGGAUGGUUAUUCAGACCCUGACCCGGAUAUGUGCAGAUGCCCAGGGUGUGGUGGAUAUUUAUGUGAACUAUGAUUGUGACUUGAAUGCUGCUAAUAUAUUUGAAAGGCUAGUAAAUGACCUAUCAAAAAUCGCCCAGGGGCGAGCAGGACAUGAGCUGGGCAUGACUCCUGUUCAGGAACUGAGCCUCAGAAAGAAAGGCUUGGAGUGCCUGGUUUCAAUCCUGAAAUGCAUGGUAGAAUGGAGUAAAGAUCAGUACGUCAACCCCAACUCCCAAACUAGCCUUGGUCAGGAAAAGCCUUCAGAGCAAGAGACCAAUGAAACCAAACACCCUGAAACCAUAAACCGAUACGGAAGCAUAAACUCCUUAGACUCCACAGCAUCCUCGGGAAUAGGCAGUUACAGCACACAGAUGUCUGGGACCGAUAACCCAGAGCAAUUUGAGGUGCUCAAGCAACAGAAAGAAAUAAUAGAGCAAGGGAUCGAUCUAUUCAAUAAAAAACCAAAGAGAGGAAUCCAGUACCUCCAAGAACAAGGCAUGCUUGGUACCACAGCUGAAGAUAUCGCCCAGUUCCUACAUCAGGAGGAAAGGCUAGACUCAACUCAGGUAGGCGAGUUCCUUGGCGACAAUGAUCGGUUCAGUAAAGAGGUGAUGUACGCUUACGUGGACCAGAUGGACUUUCAAGGAAAGGAUUUUGUCUGUGCACUCCGCAUGUUCUUAGAGGGAUUUCGUCUUCCAGGAGAAGCCCAAAAGAUUGACCGGCUAAUGGAGAAAUUUGCUGCUAGAUACUUGGAAUGCAAUCACGGGCAAACUCUGUUUGCCAGUGCAGACACGGCAUAUGUUCUUGCCUAUUCAAUCAUUAUGCUGACAACAGACCUUCAUAGUCCACAGGUAAAAAAUAAAAUGACAAAAGAGCAGUACAUUAAGAUGAAUAGAGGGAUUAAUGACAGCAAAGAUUUACCUGAGGAGUAUCUUUCAGCUAUAUACAAUGAAAUUGCAGGAAAGAAGAUAGCUAUGAAAGAAACAAAAGAAAUAACAAUUAAAUCAAAUAAGCAAAGUGUGGCCAGUGAGAAGCAGAGAAGGAUUCUGUAUAAUCUGGAGAUGGAUCAGAUGGCUAAGACAGCAAAGGCCCUCAUGGAAGCUGUGAGCCAUGUGCAGGCCCCGUUCACGAGUGCAACUCACCUGGAGCAUGUCAGACCAAUGUUUAAGCUGGCAUGGACACCCUUUUUAGCAGCAUUCAGUGUUGGGUUGCAAGACUGCGAUGAUACAGAAGUGGCUUCUUUGUGCCUUGAGGGAAUACGGUGUGCAAUUAGGAUAACUUGCAUCUUUACUAUUCAGCUCGAGAGAGAUGCAUAUGUCCAGGCUCUAGCAAGAUUUACCUUACUGACAGCAAGCUCUGGUAUUACGGAAAUGAAGCAGAAGAACAUUGACACCAUCAAAACCCUCAUCACUGUGGCGCACACAGAUGGGAAUUAUUUGGGAACCUCCUGGCAUGAGAUCCUGAAGUGCAUCAGCCAGCUAGAGUUGGCUCAGUUGAUAGGCACUGGAGUGAAGCCCCGUUAUAUCUCAGGGACAGUGCGAGGUAAAGAGGGAACCAUUACUGGCACCAAGGAACAGACAUCGGACGAGUAUGUCGGCCUGGGGCUAGUUGGAGGGAAUGUGGAUCGCAAGCAGAUAGCUAGCAUUCAGGAAUCUAUUGGGGAGACCAGCUCGCAAAGUGUAGUUGUGGCUGUUGACAGGGUAUUCACAGGAUCUACCAGACUGGAUGGCAACGCAAUUGUUGAUUUUGUACGUUGGCUGUGUUCUGUAUCUAUGGAUGAACUUGCCUCCACAACACACCCACGCAUGUUUAGCCUGCAAAAGAUAGUUGAGAUCUCAUAUUACAACAUGGGUCGAAUCCGGCUUCAGUGGUCGAGAAUCUGGGAAGUUAUUGGAGAUCAUUUUAAUAAGGUUGGCUGCAAUCCGAAUGAGGAUGUUGCAAUCUUUGCAGUAGACUCCUUGAGGCAGCUGUCCAUGAAAUUUUUAGAAAAGGGAGAACUUGCUAAUUUCAGAUUCCAGAAGGAUUUUCUGAGACCUUUUGAGCAUAUUAUGAAAAAGAACAGGUCUCCAACCAUUAGAGACAUGGUUGUCCGGUGUAUAGCCCAAAUGGUUAACUCACAGGCUGGGAAUAUCCGUUCAGGCUGGAAGAAUAUCUUCUCUGUCUUUCACCUGGCUGCUUCAGAUCAGGAUGAGAGCAUAGUGGAGCUGGCAUUUCAGACUUCAGGGCAUAUUGUCACAAAUGUGUUUGAAAAGCAUUUUCCAGCCGCCAUAGACUCCUUCCAGGAUGCUGUAAAGUGUUUGUCAGAGUUUGCCUGUAACGCAUCCUUCCCAGACACCAGUAUGGAAGCUAUCCGUCUCAUUCGCCACUGUGCAAAAUAUGUUUCUGAUCGGCCACAGGCCUUCAAAGAUUACACCAGUGAUGAUAUGAAUGUGGCCCCCGAGGACAGAGUGUGGGUGAGAGGGUGGUUUCCCGUUCUGUUUGAGCUCUCCUGUAUUAUCAAUAGAUGCAAGCUAGAUGUGAGAACCAGAGGGCUGACUGUGAUGUUUGAAAUAAUGAAAACCUACGGACACACCUACGAAAAACAUUGGUGGCAAGAUCUGUUUAGAAUUGUCUUCAGGAUCUUUGACAAUAUGAAGCUUCCGGAGAAACAGACUGAGAAAGCUGAGUGGAUGACAACAACCUGUAACCAUGCCCUUUACGCCAUCUGCGACGUGUUCACUCAGUAUUUCGAGGCACUGAAUGAUGUUCUUUUAGAUGACAUCUUCUCCCAGUUGUACUGGUGUGUACAGCAAGACAAUGAGCAGCUUGCUAGAUCUGGAACAAACUGUCUGGAGAAUGUUGUUAUUCUAAAUGGAGAAAAAUUCACAUUGGAAAUCUGGGACAAGACUUGCAACUGUAUGCUGGACAUCUUUAAAACGACAAUUCCGCAUGCGUUGCUGACAUGGAGACCUGCAGGAAUGGAGAGUGAGCCUGUUUUACAGGGAGAUGUUCCAGACAAACAGCUGGAUUUCUUAUCUCAGAAGUCAGUUGACUUGCAUGUUCAUUCUGAGGAUCAACAGUCUAUAAGCAGCGCUGAGAAGAUUUUCUUCGAGAAUCGACGACCGAGCCAGUUCAGUGUGGGGUCUGGGGUUUAUGAGGAGACAAGCAAAAACAGGACCCCUACAAAAGCUCAGGAACAGAAGCUGUUCGCUGCAUUGCUCAUUAAAUGCGUAGUCCAGCUUGAGCUGAUUCAGACCAUCGACAGCAUAGUAUUCUUUCCAGCAACAAGUAAGAAGGAAGAUGCUGAAAACUUGGCAGCUGCUCAGCGAGAUACUCUAGAUGCCGAAGUUAACAUUGAAACCCAGGAUCAGGGAAUGUAUCGCUAUCUCACAGCACAGCAGCUCUUUAAGCUGCUAGACUGCCUGCUGGAAUCACACCAAUUUGCCAAAGCAUUUAAUUCCAGCAAUGAGCAGAGAACUGCGCUCUGGAAAGCAGCUACAGGUUUUAAAGGGAAAUCAAAGCCCAACCUCUUGAAACAAGAGGCCAGCAGCUUGGCAUGUGUCCUGCGCAUUCUCUUCCGCAUGUACACAGACAACAACCGCAGCGAAGCCUGGGACGAGGUACAGCAGCGGCUACUCAAUGUGUGCAGUGAUGCCAUCAGUUACUUCCUGACACUGACGUCUGAAAGUCACAGGGAGGCCUGGACAAGCCUGCUGCUUCUGUUUCUCACAAAAGUUCUAAAAAUAAGUGACGACAGGUUCAAGGCUCAUGCUUCAAGUUACUACCCCCUCCUGUGUGAAAUUAUGCAGUUCGACCUGAUUCCUGAGCUGCGGGCUGUUCUCCGCAAGUUCUACCUGCGAAUUGGAAAUGUCUUUAAAAUAUCACAGCCCUCUGAACAGGAGCAAGGAGCGGGAAAUACUGAACACUCACUGAAAGCAUUAACGCUCGACGUCUAGUUUGUGUCUAUCUACAUUUAUGGGUUGCUUUGAAACGGUUUUGUGUAUGGCAGAUUUGACCCUGCUAAAGGGUCCUGUACUAUGGCUGCUUUGAACUUUAAUCCUGGCUUGCAGUCCUCAAUUCCCUUGCAACUUUCAGGAUGAUUAAUGGUCCUGAAUGCUCUUCACUGGUUCAUGCUGAGCGUGGAGACCUUCGUAGGCAAGGUCCACAGAUCAAUGUCACCGGUGUGGUUGGGAUGAUGACCAACCAUUUUACAGCUGGAUAAAUAUUCUAGAGAAUAAAAUAUUUAAAGAAUACACAUUUCUAACCUUUUGAAUGUUCAGAAGUGUAGUAUUUUGAAGGACAUGUGUUUCUCUCUAAUCUUACAUGAGAAUGAAAUGAAAAAAUAAUUCAGAAAAAAAGUGAUAAAAAAUGAAUGGUAAUAUUAAUUUGAGUGACUUAAUUUUUUUUCACAGACAGUGGCUAACAUAACCAUAAGCAGUCCCUUGAAUAAAAGUAGUACAGAAACGCAGGUCUGUAAUCUACAACCUGUAACACUAGAAAACUGUUCCUGCAAUAAUUUUAUUUCUAUUUUAUGUUUUCUAAUUUGCUGCACUCUUACACUUAAUUUCCCAUUAUGAUUUCUAAGGCAGGUAGCCCAAUGGAAUUUGGCAAUAGUGAUCAUUUAUACAAGGAUGUAAAGGGUAUGAGACUAAAUGAAACAAUUCCAAGGAAAAUAUGUAUAGAAGCUUUUAUUUAAAUGGGAAAGAUGAGUCAGUGAUGGGGAUCCUCUUCAAACUCGAAUUUUUGAAUCACUGCAAACUAAUUUGUCAUAAGUCUGUUUCCAUAUUUGAUGUAGGUUUCACUGUAUGUGUAAAAAAACAAAAACAGUUUUUUGGCUUGGAUGGUUUUAAUGUAUUGAAAGUAUAUUGUUAAUACUGUGAACUGUGAGUUUUAUGGUAUAAUAUGGAUAUGAAUGGGUCUGAAGCAUUCCUAGUCAUAACAGAUGUAGUAAACUGAUGAGCGACAUGUAUCUGGUACGGUAAUGUAAAGUUUUCUAUGUAAAAAAAAAAGAAAAAAUAAUCUGUACCGUACAACUUUCUGUACAAUAUCGGUUAUCAUCUGAUACAUUCUAAUCAGGUCAUAGGUCAAUAAAGUUUUUGAACUCUGCUUUCACCUGUGUUUAUAGAUCUUUUAAGU